CCUCAGCACUGGAGAAAUGAUCUCACUUGGAAGUGAACACGCAUGCUUAUUCCCAGAGGAGGAGGAGGCAGGAGGGUUGGGAGAUCAAGGUCAUCCAUGGCCAGCCUGAGUUAUGUGAGGCCCUGUCUAGACUUAUUGCCCCAAUGCCUGCCUGAACCCCAGAGACGGGAGCUGUUUCUUUAGUUCACUGAGUCGUCUCCUCAGUCGGGGCAUAGAUUGGCAUCAAUAAUCCCAUUGACAGAUGAGGACGCUGAGGAGCAGAGAGGUUGAGUAACUUGACUGAGGCAACACAGCCUGGGCUGGACCCAGGAUCUGUUUGGCUCCAGUACUCCAAUGCAUCUUAGUGGCAAGAGGCUUGAUGUUCCUCAGUCUUUUGACCCCCGGCAACUAAGUGAUUGUUUCUACUAAGCUAGACAUAACUGGCUCUCGUGCCUCUGUUUCCCCAUGUUGGAGCAGGGAUUGUAAAGCAGUAACAGUAUUGCUCUACCUCCCCACUUCACAGAGCUGCUGUGACGUCAAUGACCUAACACGUGUAAAACUUGGCACACAGUUGAGUGUGGUGGUGCCCAUCUGUCAUCCCAGCACUUGGGAGGCUAAGCCAGGAGAAGUUUGCGCUUGAGGGCAUCCUGGACUACAAAAUAAGUCCCAGGCCGGUCUCAAAACAAGCAUGCAAACAUAAAAGACUGGCACAUAGCCUGAGGGGCAUGAGAGGGACAUCCCACCAGGACCUUAGGUUGGGUUCUGUGUGAUUUACAUAUUUUUUUUUUCUCAUUUCAUGGAGAGAAUCUGUCUGAGUUUCUAAAAGCUUAGGACAGGUGAAAAUACCUGGUUGUACACAUCUCAGCCUCCAAAAAGAGCACGCAGAAUAAUAUGAGGGGCCCAGAGCCGGCUUCUUGGAUUUGGAUCCUGGCUCUGCCUCCACUGAGGCCAGCCACCCUGAGCCCCUGACCUUUCUUCAUUUGUAAAUUGGUCAUGCAAAUGACACUGGCUUGAGGGUCAUGGGAAGAGUAGAACGCUGGUGGCGACGUUUUAGGACAAAGCUCGACAGAUCUUCCCUGGAAGAGAGAGGCAGCGCCAUCGCCUUAGCUCUUGCAUUCAGUCUUGGAUCUCAUAGAGUUAAUCCCAGGGACAGGGAGGGAGCUCUGACUUUGGGGUAGUGCAGCCGUCCUGCCAAAGUUGACCACCAGGGGGAGCAGCCGGACCGGUACUGGGCCUGGUGGAGCUUUGGUGACAGGAUGGACCACACCCUUUAAGAGAAGGGGCUGGUGGGACAGCUGGGAUAUCCCCCUUCCCCCAGUGACUUCUCCUCCUAGCCCCUCCCAUCUGCAGUCUGCAGAGCCAUCUGGUCUCCACCCUGGGGACAUCCUUCCCACUCUUCCCCUGGGGUUGAGUAGGGACUCUGAUGAAGGGGUUGGUUGGGAGUGCCUAGGGUGGCUCAAGCUCUUGGCAGCCCCGCCCCCUCAAAGGCCAUUCAGUCCCUUCCCUGAGCCUUUUCUUCCUAUGGCCUCUGACCCCCUCCUUCCUACCCUUCUGCUGGGCGCAUCCCAGGCCACAGCAAGUGGGACAAGAGUGUGGGAGGACACACAGAAAGUACUGGAAACUUGAAACGGGGCAGGGAGGUGAGCAUUACGGACAUCAGGCAGAAGUACCAGGACAGACAGACAGACAGACAGACAGACAGACACACACACACACACACACACCAGAGUUCUAGAGGCCAAAUCAGAGACACAGAGAGACAAAGACAGAAGUAGACAAGAGAUUGCAGGGGUGGGAAAUAGAGUAAUAGAAAGAUAGGGAGAGAAAGCUAGUGACAGAGAAUCCCACACUCCAGAUACAGGGAGUCCCGAGGGAAGGACUGGGAGAGAGAACAAGGCGAGGCAGCCACAGGACAGCAUGGCCAGCAGCAGGGUGGAGGAGCAUCAUACAAAGAUGUAGCGGUCCGGGUCUGGUGGACUAGGGUCGCUGGGAGCCUGGGCAGGGGCAGGGGGCAUGGGAGGGGCAGGCAUUCUGUUGUUGCUGUUGGCCGGGGCUGGGGCAGGAGUGGCCUGGAGUCCCCCCAAAGGAAAGUGUCCUCCACGUUGUUCCUGUUCCAAGGAAAGUACUCUGUGUGAGGGCUCCACCGAACUGCCCGAGAGCUUCUCCACCACGCUCCUGUCACUAUCCCUUGUCAGGAUGGGGGUCUCCCAGCUGAAGGCUGGCAGCUUCAUGAAGAUGCCAUCAUUACACCUACUGCUCUUCACAUCAAAUACCUUCUCCGUGAUCGAGGACGAUGCCUUCAUCGGCCUGUCCUACCUUCAGUACCUCUUCAUUGAGGACAACAAGAUUGGCUCCAUCUCCAAGAAUGCCCUGAGAGGACUCCGCUCACUCACACACCUAAGCCUGGCCAACAACCACCUCGAGGCUCUCCCCAGAUUCCUGUUCCGAGGCCUGGAGACUCUGACUCACGUGGACCUCCGUGGGAACCCGUUCCAGUGUGACUGCCGAGUACUUUGGCUGCUGCAGUGGGUGCCUACGGUGAAUGCCAGCGUGGGCCUGGGGGCCUGUGCAGGCCCCUCUGCCCUUGCCCAAAUGCAGAUCAACCACCUUGACCCGAAGAAGUUCAAGUGCAGAGCCACAGAACUGUCCUGGCUCCAGACUGUUGGGGAGUCGGCACUGAGCGUGGAGUCCUUCUCCUAUCAGGGGGAACCUCACAUGAUCCUGGCACAGCCCUUUGCUGGCCGCUGCCUGAUCCUGGUCUGGGACUACAGCGUGCACCGCUUCCGGACAGAGGAAGAGGUGUCUGCGCCCUCCGUGGUGUCCUGCAAACCUCUGGUGCUGGGCCCACGCCUCUUCAUACUGGCUGCCCGUUUGUGGGGAGGCUCAUAUCUGUGGUCUCGGCCCAGCGCCGACCUGCAUCUGGCCCCAAUACAGGUCCUAGCCCCUCAACGCCUACUGCGACCCAAUGAUGCCGAACUCCUGUGGUUGGAUGGGCAGCCCUGCUUCGUGGUGGCUGAUUCCUCCAAAGCUGGUCGUACCACCCUGCUGUGCCAAGACGGGUCCGGCUUCUACCCACGCCAGAGCCUGCACGCCUGGCACCGCGACACCGACGCUGAGGUCCUGGAGCUAGAUGGCCGACCGCAUCUGCUGCUUGCUUCGGCCUCCCAGAGGCCUGUGCUUUUCCAUUGGUUUGGUGGCCGCUUCGAAAGGCGCACAGACAUCCCAGAGGCCGAAGAUGUCUAUGCCACGAAACACUUUCAGGCCGGUGGAGAUGUGUUCCUGUGCCUGACACGAUACAUUGGGGACUCCAUGGUCAUGCGCUGGGAUGGCUCCAUGUUCCGCUUGGUACAGCAGCUUCCAUCUCGAGGUUCCCACGUGUUCCAGCCAAUACUAAUCGCCAGAGACCAGUUGGCCAUCCUGGGCAGCGACUUCGCCUUCAGCCAGGUCUUUCGCCUUGAACCUGAUAAAGGGAUCUUGGAGCCGCUACAGGAGCUGGGACCCCCGGCCUUGGUGGCCCCCCGAGCCUUUGCCCAAGUCACCGUCGCCGGAAGACGCUUUCUAUUUGCAGCGUGCUUCAAGGGCCCCACGCAGAUCUACCAGCACCACGAAUUGGAUCUCAGUGCCUGAGGUUGGGCAGGAAGUGGUUGAGGGGCUGGCAAGGGCAUCCUGCGACAUCGGGGUACCCUCUUGGACCUGGUCACCUGGCCAUCACAGCCAGUCCUAUAUGAUACACCAUUCACUAUCCAAAUGCAUCAGCCUGGGUCAGGCUUAGCCCACAUUUUGGAUGAUCUGCAGCUUAGGGGCAAACGGGAAGAGGUCUCUCUGCUCCCAACAACGUUUGGAUCCCACGCAGUCUGAAACCACAUUUUGACUGAGGACAGGUGCUCCCAUAGACAGUGACUUGGGUGCUCAGCCUGGGACACAGCAGGGAGCUGGGAUACAGAAAUCAAAAUCUGCUGAGCUCCAAGAGGUCCAAAUAUCCCGCCCUCAAAGACCCCUUGGUCCUGCUCCAUAGAAAGUACCGAGAGAGAGCUUUCUUUUCCACUCAAACCCAAUCUGGCCAUUGGCUUUAGUGGAGGAAUAUGUAUCUCUGUGACAUUCAGUGACAUCACAGCAGAUGGGCAGUUUCUGGGCCUGGUACUUUGCUGCAUGUAGGCAUGUCUGCUGCCAAAGACUGACUGCUGGCGUCUUGUCGCUUUUACGUGUGUGCAGAAAAGGUGAAUCAGUAAUGAUGAGCCUGGAGGUAUCAGAGAAAGCCCUGGGCACCCUGUUCCCAGAAUGUGACAGGGGCAAGAACAGAAAGUGAGUCCGUAAAUAAAUGUCCUGUGCUCCCCA